AUGUCCUCCCUGUUCGCAUGGGACACCAAGAGCUUGGUCAGGGAGCUGGGCAGGAAGGGCGAGCUAGUGCCCGUGGACAGCCUGAACAGCUCCCCAUGCCUCCGUCCCUUCUGCCUGGUGAGGAAGAAGCACAAACGCCACCCCUGGCCUUGGGACACCCCCUUCAUCCCCACGGACUUCUCCCUCCUGGAUGUGCUGGAGCCAGGCUCCCCAGUCCCAGAGCUGAGCAGGAGCAAACCCAUCUACAUCCAGGAGACAGUGACAGGAGCAGUGACAGGGGCCCUGAGCUUGAGCACCGGGCUGCAGGGGAAGGUGAUGGGGGGCGGCGUGGUGACCCACAGCUCUGCCCUGGCCCUGCAGACCCUCAAGGUUUCCCCUCGCACCUGGGAGACUCUGGUGGAGAAGAGGAAACUGAGGAUGCCAAGGCCCUCCUUCCUCAGGGAAUUGCAGAGCCGGAAGGAGAGGGAGAGCCUGUAUGUGGUGACAGAGGCCGUGGAGACAUUGCAGGACACCACGCUACAGAGCCUGAGCAAAGUGGAGGGGGCAGGGCAGCUGUCCUUCUUCGUGCCGGGCCAUUUCAAGGGCCAAUGCCAGAGCCACAUGGCUAAAGAGAAGACAGUGACCGUCCCUCGGGGCAGUGUCUUGGCCUACAGGGUGCUGCAGCUAGUGAUUGAGGAGGAUCACUGGGCUAUUCUUUACCUCCCUGAAGGGAAGCUCUGUAGAGACACUGGCAGAGACGAGGCCCCAGGUGAGGAGCCCGACUUCCUGGGCCUGCAGAGGCGGGCGAGUGCCCAGUUGCAGGACCUGGCCACACUGCCCCCUGAGCUGCGGUACUCACUACUGGGCGCCCUCCAAGAGCUUCUUAGGGACCCUUGGGCACUGCAGGAGCUGGAGGACAUGCUGGAGCAGGCCCUCUAUACCGAGCUGCCAGCACAGCUGGAAGGCCCUGGCGGCACCAUCCUGAGCACCCUCCGGGACCCCUGCGGCAGCCUGUCGCCCUCUCGAGGCAGGGCCGUUCUCUGCCUCCUCGGAGCCCUCGUGGUGCUGAGUGACACCCAACACUGCCUGUUGGCCGAGUCCCUAGGGAAACGCAUCCUACCCCAGCAGCUAGAGCUGGUGGCAAGCAUGUUAGAAGCCAACUUUAAUCAGAUGGAGGAAACAACUGUCUCCCUCCCGCCGGAAGUCCUCUCGUCCCUGCAGAGCGAGGAUGCCGCCCUCGCCCUGAGCCUGGUGCAGAGCUGUGGGCUGGAGAUGCAGGGGCCAGGCCUCCAGCUUGUCUGGGACCCGGAGGUGGUGCCGCAGCUCUCUGCGCUGUAUGGGGCCCUUGCAGGGCUGCAGCUGCUGGCCUGCCCCGGCCCUGGGCCGUCCACACUGCUGCUUGAGGAGGGUGCCCAAACUGCUCCCCAGGCACUAGACCUGCCUAUCCAGGACCAUGGGUGGGUCCUAGAGGGCCCCACUGUGGAUCAGGGUUCUUCCUGGAGAGGCAGUGGAGGCUGGUUCCAGAACAGCCGGGACUCCGUUCACCACUCACAGCCGGCUGUCCCAGCACCUGCAGCCAUACCCCAGCUUCUCCAGCUGCCCCAGCACCCGCAGCCCUACCCUGACUUCUCCAACUGCCCCAGCACCCGCAGCCCUACCCUGACUUCUCCAGCUGCCCCAGCACCUGCAGCCCUACCCCAGCUUCUCCAGCUGCCCCAGCACCCGCAGCCCUACCCUGACUUCUCUAGCUGCCCCAGCACCUGCAGCCCUACUGACUUCUCCAGCUGCCCCAGCACCUGCAGCCCUACCCUGACUUGUCCAGCUGCCCCAGCACCCGCAGCCCUACCCUGA